AUGAAAACGAUAUCAGUGUUAAUAGCCCUAUUGCCAUUGAGUGUUAUGGGUAUUGGAGAGAAUCCGGUAAGCUUUUCAUUCCUCUGCCAUUUUAAACAUUAUUUCUUUUCUAUUCUUAUAUAAAUAACGUAAUUUUAAAAUAUUAUAAAGGCCGUAUUUUAUUCAAAAAUUCAAAUUUAAGCCCAAAUUCUAAAAAAUGCGUCAUUGUUUGUAAUGUUUUUAGAUGGACCUCCAAACAAUGGCGGGAGUAAUCACUGGUAUUGGGCACAUGUUACAGACUACAGUUGACACCCUGGAUGUGCCCACAGAGUUGAUCAUGGGCCGAUGGUAUCAGGUGUAUAAGGCGGCUGUUAACUUUGACAUGUACCGUAAUCAAAUGUACUGUCCUAUUGCUUACUGUAAGUUUUUAAAACAAAUAUUUCGAUGCUUAAAAAGUUACCGUAAGCUAUUGAAAUUUGCCAUGGGAAUUACUUUAGUAUCAGUUUUACGUUAAAGUUGUGCAUAAUGACACGUUUAAAGAAGUCACGAUCACACAUUCAAUCAAGUCACAAUGACACAUUAAACAAGUCAACUUGACACUUUCAUAAUGACGAACCAAGCUGUCAUGCUAACAUAAAAAAUAAAAAAAUCAUUUUUCAGUCAAAGAAAACCGUGUAAUGGGUGAAGACGGCUUCUCAAUUGAGGAAGCCUACAGAGUACACACCAAGAACGGACCGAUUGAAACCUACAAACGUGACUUGAACAAGGUCGGAACUGGAAAAUACUGGAUGUACACUGAAGAAUACUUCUAUCCAAGACAAUGUAAGUUCAUUUUUAAAACAAAUGGCAAGCACUUUCUUUACAAAACUCAAAAAAGGGAAUGCGCCGUAUAAAAUGUCCCCGCAGCCUGCACAGUGCGUAACUUUUUAGUUUCGUCGUAAAAUUGACAAGAACUUACAAAAUGAAUAAUCACAAGAACUUUCUUUACAAAACUAAAGAUGGCAUGAACUUUCUUUACAAGAUCAAAAAUGUAAAAUUUUAACCUAUGCCAAUUCACCCAACAAAAUCAUAAUUAUGUACCUUUUCAGUCUACAUCAUCAAAGCCGGCCCCAACUUUGACAACGAAACUAAGCCAGAAGAAGCCAAAAUCGAAUAUAUUGUGGUAACCGACGCCUCACGAAUGGGACUAAUGGUCUACGCUCGCGAUCCAAUGACCUUUUAUCAACAAUACAACAAAGAAGUUACCGAUUUCCUGGAAGAAGCCGGCUUCGGCGGUCGAAUCUUCUGGAACUCACCCCGACCAAUCUACCAGGGUCCAGACUGUGAAUGGCCGACUGAGAAGGAGGUGUUCGCCAGAAGAGUGCUCAAGAACCACGAGAACAACAUGAGACAACAGAACUCAAACGCCACUGAGCCUGGACCAAAUGCCUUCGCUGAUAUGCUAAAGAAUCCUGAAGUUAUUCUACAAAAGUUGGUUCAAAUGCACUAA